AUGGACUCAGGAGCCAUUAUCAAUCAAAAGAAGCCUCAUGUGGUGUUCAUACCAUAUCCAGCACAAAGCCACAUCAAGUGUAUGCUGAAACUUGCAAGACUUCUGCACCAAAAGGGUCUAAAUAUAACUUUUAUCAACACCCAAUCUAACCACAAACGACUCCUGAAGUCCGGUGGGACGUUCCACUGGCUCGAUGCGGCUCCGGGUUUUCAAUUCAAAACGGUUCCCGAUGGUCUCCCUGAUUCGAAUUCCGACCAUGAAGUUGAUCCACACACUCAAACUAUAGCCGAACUCUGGUCCUAUCUCGCAACCAAUUUCUUUGAUUCCUUUCUUGAUCUCGUGGCCGGACUCGAAACCCCGGUCACUUGUAUCGUUUCCGAUGGUUUCAUGACUUACACGAAUAUGCUUUACGCGGCUGAGAAGCUUAGAGUCCCCAUCAUCAUUUUCUGGACCUUGGCUGCCUGUGGAUUCAUGGGGUUUUACCAGCUUAAAAUUCUAAUGGAGAAAGGGCUUGUCCCUCUUAAAGAUGAAAGUUAUUUGACGAACGACUAUCUUGAGAUGGAAAUAAAUUGGAUUCCCGGAAUGGAAGGAAUCCGUUUGAAGGAUCUACCCGAGUUUACGCGAUCCACAAAGCCGAACGAUCCUGGAUUCAAGUUCCUCCUUGAAACCGCUCAGGUGGCCGAUAAGGCUUCGCAUAUGAUCAUCCAUUCUUUCGAGCAACUAGAAUUCAAUCUCAUCAAAGAACUCAAAUCUACGUUUCCUAAUCUCUACACCAUCGGCCCACUGCAACUACUUCUGAACCAGAUGACCGAAAAAGAAACCAAGAAAUCGAGCUACAACGGUUACAGUUUAUGGGAGGAAGAACCCGAAUGCGUGCAGUGGCUCGACUCGAAAGAACCCAACUCAGUGGUUUACGUCAACUUUGGAAGUAUAGCAGUAAUGUGUUUACAAGAUCUUCUUGAAUUCGGUUGGGGACUUGUUAACAGCGGCCAUGAGUUUCUUUGGAUCAUCAGGACCGAUUUGGUUGAUGGGAAACCUGCAGUUUUGCCACAAGAACUCGAGGUGGCGAUCAAAAGAAAAGGGUUUGUAGCAAGCUGGUGUUCACAGGAAGAGGUGCUGAACCACCGGUCGGUUGGUGGGUUCUUGACUCACGGUGGGUGGGGUUCGAUCAUCGAGAGCUUGUCGGCUGGGGUUCCGAUGGUUUGUUGGCCGGUUUCCGGUGAUCAGCCAACGAAUUGCAGGCAAAUGUGUAAGGAAUGGGAGGUGGGGAUGGAGAUUGAAAGAAACGUGAAGAGAGAUGAAGUGAAGACGCAUGUGAGGAUGUUAAUGGCGGGAGAAGAGGGUGAUAGGAUGAGGAAGAAAGCUAUGGAGUGGAAGAAAAUGGCGGAAACCGCCGCAGGCUCCGGCGGUUCAUCUUCUCUGGAGAUAGAUAAACUUGCCGAUGAAAUUAAGAAGUUAUCAAGAAACUAA